UCAAUCAGUUUAAAGUAAGGUUUCGGACGUGUGAAAGGCGUUAAUUUGACGGUCGGAUUUAUUGUUAGGUGCGGUUCUUUCGGAAUUCUUUAUCCGCGGAGAUGUUUUUAUGAUGCGUGAAUUUACAAAUAAAUUUGAGAAGUGGAAGUGGUUCAAUAAAAAGAAGCGCUCAUAAAGUGUCCUGAUAAAUAUAUGAGGGGAUAUAGAAAAUUUCCCAAAUGUGAAAAAUAUACGGCUUGGCUUUGGUUGGAAAGUCUAGUGGUGAUAAUUGUGCGAUCGGCGACGUUCCGUUGUGUUUGCCCAUCGUGCCAUACAAAGAAAAAUGUAAGUUUUGUGUUACAGUGCGUAGGUGCAAAGUGUGUAAUGAAAAAAAUAUUUCGAAGUUAAAUGUGACGAAAGUAGCUAAUGUGAAUGAAUAUUUUGAAAAUAAAUCAAAUGAGUAUCAAUAUAGUUAUGUUUGGUGAUGGUAUGGUGGUGUGAAGAACACGCCUUUGAUGGAGUGCAAGCAAGGAUGAUAGGAAGCAGUCUAGGGCCCAAAGAACAUAUAAAUCAUUCAGCGGGCAGUUUGCAGGAUGGCUCCUGGCGCACCAUUUUUCAUAUUCCGAAGCGAAAUGAGUACAUUCAUAAAAAGAAUCAUCUUCUGCAACAGCCAUCCUUUCAACUGCAAUGUCUUGUCACAAUGGAACAACAACUAUAGUUUUGAUUUCAAUUAAACCGUUCAGUCAGCUCUUCUGUGUUAUUGUUCGCCUUGUAGCUAUAACAGUUACUGUCGGUGGCCGUACACUUCCGAUUUAGUUUAGUGUCGCUCUGCAAAUGUACCAUAAUCGAAAAAUCCUAUCUUGACGCAUGGCGAUGUAUUAUUACGCUAGCAAAAUUUCAGCAAUUGCUUGUGGGACGCGAUGUCGGCAAAGUGUUCUACAAAAGUCGCGUGGCCAACGCGAUCGAGACAAACAUGAGGAAUUUCUCAAGCAGAAAGAGUUCAAUGAUAAAGUGGAAAUUAGCUUUAACCCGAAGGUUUCAGAUCCAAUUAAAUCCAACUCAGCAGAAAACGGAGGCAACGGGUCCACGAAUAACUCUGGUGGAGCAGAAAAUUGUCCUUAUGUUUCCAUUGGUGAUAUUGAUUUUCAGAACUCAGAGCUGGAAGUUGACCCAAGUGGAAUAGUUUAUGCGGCCGAUGGUAUUACCAUAGCUUCCGGGCCGCUUGAAUCCUUGGUGGAUCUUCUCAUGCCAAACACAACGAAUCACUUGGAUGAGGGAUUUGUAUAUUCGUUUUUAUUAUCGUCGAGACUAUUCAUACGGCCGCAUGAGAUACUUGGAAAACUAUUAUCCUCAGUACCUGAAGAAGAACCGCUUGACCGUUUAGUUUAUUUGUUAAGUGAAUGGACCAGAAAGUUUCCUUACGAUUUUCGGGAUGAAAAUAUUAUGACGCACGUUAAACAUAUCGUUUCUAGGUGUUCAAAUACAAGAUUAGAGGAAGUAGUUUCCGUUAUGCUGAGUGCCUUGCUAAAGCGUUUGACUGAUUUAGAACAGCAUGAGAAAUAUUUGAGGGCUGGUCAACAAAAUUCAUCGGAUGACGGAAAGACAGAUUCCAUCGAAUGUUCAUCACCGUCAGAGUUUGCACAGCUACUUUGUCGAGUUGAAAAGAAGCUUGCGAAACAUGUUGGGCCUGAAGAGUUUUUACAAUGUAGCAGCACCAUCCUUGUGGAUAAACAGAUCAAAAAGUCAGACCUGCCCCAAUUUCCUUCGUCUGGUCCACCAGGAUGCCAAGAUGCAAAAAAGACAUGCAAUUUAGAAGCUUACUUGGAGUGGUCAGCAAAAUUACGCCGUUUUGUGUCAAACGAAAUUUUACAGUGCAGCGAUAUCCAGAACCGAAGUAAAAUGGUUGAGCUGUGGAGUGGCACGGCUCAGUAUUGUCUUGCAGUUGGAAAUUACAACAGUGCAACAGCAAUUCUCGAAGCUUUAGAGUCACCAUCUAUAAUUAGACUGAAAGAAACGUGGGGUCAUCUAGCAGGAACAGCUGAACAGUUGAAUUGUAUGCUCAAACAUGCGGAAGGAUCUGGUGAUUUGUGGAAUAAGCAGUUGAUAAGUCCUUGUACUAGGAGAGGUAGUCUCAUUUCAACUUCAUCCAAACAAAAGCCCAACGACUGGGUAGUAAUUCCAGUGUUUAGCGAUAUUGUAAAACUGGCGUUGGAAGCAAGAGAGGAUUGCCUAAUAAGGCUUCCCAAUGGCGAUUUGAAUAUUACGGCUUUUAACCGAUUGGCCGCUAUUGUAAAAGCAUAUGCAAAUCAUAUGGCUGAUGUGAAACUACCAUUAUCAGAAGCUGGAGAAUAUGAAGAUAUACUUCGUUACUUACAAAAAACAACGUUUCUUAGCGAUUCAGACUUGAUGUUGGCAUCAUUUGAAUGCGAGGAUUCUACGCAAGCGGAAAAGUUAAUGUAUGAUUGUUAAAGUGCUGGUAUAAGAUUCUAUAUGUACAACAGAUUGAUUUUACAUUUAAUGGAGAUAACAGCACUGGCUUCGUUAUUAACUUAAAGGCAAUAUAGGAAAAUUUGAACGAAAUUUUUUUAAUAUGAAAUUUAUUUUUUGGCUAUUUAUAUAUUAGACAUUUUUGAAGGUGAAUUUUGGUGCUUUUUGUUUCGAAAUUAUGUGCGGUUAUGAAAUUUGACUUCAAUUAUUGUUAUUGCUGUGAAAUAACACAUACGCUUAUAUGGUUGUCCUUUCCUAGUUUUCAACACAGGCGACAAUAAAAACUUAUAAUGUUUCUGCCCUAGAGCAGUUUGAACAGGAGCAUCGUAUCACUACUAGUCAAAAGUAUUAUAACAGCAAGAAAAUACCUACAUACAUAUGUGUUGGAUUCACUUAUUUAUGGAAAGACGCGGCGAAAAUUAUUACUUUCAGAUUAGUUCCUAAAAAUAUCUUAUUCAUAUGAUUACGAUUCUUCGCAAUUCCUUCCUGAAUUGGUUGUCAUAAAUAAAACGCACAUCUGGAAACGAAAAUUUCAUACCAACACUCGUCAUCAUUGUGAUGACACUAUGUUGUAAAUAGUGUAAAUAAAUUUAGCAGCAAAUUAACACAAUGAAGUGGUAACCCUUUUAUUGUGAAAUAAAAUCCUCUAUGUAGAUUUACAUACAUUUAUAAAGGGUAGGCUGUACCCACCUAACAUUAAUAAUUUAAAGCUCUCUAAAUAAAGUUUUGUAUACA